AUGUCGUCGACACCGUCCUCACGCCGCCGGGGGCAUUCCUCUCGCAAUUCUCAGUCCUCCAUCCCAACUCAACAAUCCCAAUCCACCCCUAGGAGUUCGAGACGAGCGCCAAAUGGCGCAUCCGCAGUUGCGUCCUCGUCGCCCUUUUCGUUCCAUUCGUCCCCUGCUCGAGCAACUCCCCCGCCUCCGGCGCAACUGGAAAGUGAUGGCAUGCUCAUCAGCUCUCCUCCCCGACACUCGUCCGAGGUGGGUGACCGCGAGGCAACACCACGCGCAUCAAACCGGUUGGUAGGGGAUUCGUCCCCAGUCAGAUACGACCCCAGCUCAAGCCCAGGGCGAAGUUCUCAGCACCCUCGAUCCGACAUUGGCAGUAGCAGCAGUGCCCUUUUUGUGCGUCAGGACCAUCAGCCGAGAAUAUCUUCCCGGAGAGGUGACAUCCACUCCGAUGCAUUCGCGCCCUCAUCAGCCCCUCGUCGUCGAAUCUAUAUAGGCGAGGAUGGCAUGCCUGUUCAGGACGGCAAUGAUCCGACAUCAGAGGCUACGUUUUCAAACCUCAAUCCUGACACGUCCGAAGCCGAUGCAAUGGGGGGUGACUCGACCAGAGUUAUCUGGGGCACCAACAUAUCUGUCGUAGAUUCCAUGGCCUCAUUCAAGAAUUUCCUCUACAACUAUGCUAAGAAAUAUCGCAUGUGGGCCGACGGCGCCACCGAGGAGGAAACACGCGCUCUCGGGGCGGUUGCUGACGAAAAGGAAUACCUGACAAUGCUUCAGAAUAUGAGAAGAAUGGGUAUUCACCCGCUUAAUCUAGACGCCCGCAAUCUCAAAGCGUAUCCUGCGACCUUGAAAUUGUGGCACCAGCUUCAGGCGUAUCCGCAGGAAAUCAUUCCGUUGAUGGAUCAAGCUGUCAAAGAUGUCAUGGUGGAAUUGGCCCAGAAGGAGAUGCAAGAGUUGCGCCGGGUUCACACCAAUGGUCCGGCUUUGCGGGCAGCGAAUGGGAGCUCAAUGCCUCCCAUGCCGUCUUCUGAUCUGGGACGGGGGACACCGGGGACUGGACUGAACGCCGACGAAAUUCCCGACCUGGUUGAAGAAGCAGAGAUGCAACCUUGGAAGGUUAUGCCGUUUGGCCUGGACAAGACGAUCAACAUGCGGGAGCUUGACCCAGCCGAUAUUGACAAGCUGAUUGCGGUCAAAGGACUCGUCAUCCGAACAACCCCGGUCAUUCCCGACAUGAAAGAGGCAUUCUUCAAAUGCACUGUCUGCCAGCAUACGUUGUACGUAUCGAUUGAUCGUGGAAAGAUCGCAGAACCCAUCGAAUGCCCUCGGCCAGCUUGCAAAUCCAAGGACAGUAUGGAGAUUAUCCACAAUCGGUGUAUAUUUGCGGACAAGCAAGUGAUCAAAUUACAAGAAACGCCGGACUCGGUUCCAGACGGACAAACGCCUCACAGCGUGUCUCUUUGCGUGUACGAUGAUCUGGUUGAUGUUUGCAAGGCCGGUGACCGAAUUGAGGUUACUGGCAUUUUCCGGAGCAACCCAGUCCGUGUCAAUCCCCGCCAACGUACAGUCAAGGCACUCUUCAAGACUUAUGUGGAUGUCCUACACGUGCAGAAGGUCGACAAACGCAAAUUGGGGAUUGACGUGUCGACGAUCGAGCAGGAGUUGUCAGAACAGGUUUCUGGCGAGGUUGAGCAGACUCGAAAAGUCACCGCCGAGGAGGAAGCCAAGAUUAAAGAAACCGCUGCUCGCGAAGACAUCUAUGAGCUCCUGUCGAGGAGUCUAGCCCCAAGUAUCCACGAGCUGGACGACGUCAAGAAAGGUAUUUUGCUGCAACUAUUUGGUGGCACGAACAAGAUAUUUGCAAAAGGUGGCAGCCCCAGAUACAGAGGCGACAUUAACGUCUUGCUGUGUGGUGAUCCAUCCACCGCCAAGUCCCAGCUUCUGCAAUAUGUCCACAAGAUUGCGCCGCGAGGAGUCUAUACCUCUGGUAAGGGUUCCUCGGCAGUCGGAUUGACAGCAUACGUGACCCGAGACCCAGAGUCCAAACAGCUUGUGCUCGAGUCCGGAGCUUUGGUUCUUUCCGACGGCGGUGUCUGCUGCAUUGAUGAAUUCGACAAGAUGAACGAGUCCACUCGCUCGGUGUUGCAUGAAGUCAUGGAACAGCAGACCGUGUCCAUUGCGAAAGCGGGCAUCAUCACCACCUUGAAUGCAAGGACCAGUAUCCUCGCCUCGGCCAACCCCAUUGGGAGCAAGUACAACCCCAAUCUGCCCGUACCUCAGAAUAUUGAUCUUCCGCCGACGCUGCUGUCGAGGUUUGACCUCGUGUAUCUGGUGCUGGAUCGGAUUGAUGAAGUGAAUGAUCGCAGACUUGCAAAGCACUUGGUCGGCAUGUACCUAGAAGACACGCCUGAUAAUGCGUCGAGGGAGGAAAUAUUGCCCAUCGAAUUUCUUACCUCUUACAUCUCGUACGCCCGCAACAACAUCCACCCAAGCAUUACUCCCCCUGCUGCCAAUGCAUUGACAAACGCUUAUGUUGCCAUGCGCAAUCUCGGGUCAAACAUCCAAUCGUCGGAGAAACGCAUCACGGCCACCACUCGUCAGCUGGAGUCGAUGAUCCGUCUGUCUGAAGCGCAUGCUAAGAUGAGACUCUCGCCUAUAGUGGAGGAGACAGACGUGGAAGAAGCCGUGAGAUUGAUCAAGUCAGCGAUCAAGGCCAGCGCCACGGACGCCAGGACGGGCCUGAUCGAUAUGGGAUUGUUGAGCGAGGGCGGCGGUGUCAGCGAACGACGCAGGAGAGAGGAUCUCAAGCGAGCAGUGCUGGAAGUGUUGGACAUGGACAGCACUAUCCGCAGUGGCGGCGCCAUGAGAUACACGGACCUGUAUCGCAAGGUCGCCGAAGGAAGUAGCGUUGAGGUCGAAGGAACCGAAUUCAACGAGGUCAUUAGAGCGGUGGAAGUCGAAGGGAAAAUCACAGUGACGGGCGAGGGAGCUCGGAGAUCCGUCCGGCGGAUCACAGGUGUCUGA